AUGGGCCAACAGCCUUCGUCAUCCCGCGAUUCCUUUGGCAUAGUUCCUUCUGAGCCACCGGCUAAUGCUGACAAAAAACUACCCCCGCAGCAUGUGAACGUAGACGACCCCCCGUCGCGCAAGGAGAGACUGGCCGUGUGUGCCCCUAUCUUGUCCGCGAUUCGGCCAUGGUUGUUUGUCGCUGGCCAUGGCGUGGUAUGGCCGAAGCAGUCGCAUUCUCUCAUCAACUUGGCCUCCGAAGUGCCAUUCUUGGAAGAUAACCCACCACCGCCGCACAUUCAUAGCGUCUUGACGUUGGCGCUGCGGGACGGUGCGACGCAAGAGAUCCUUCCAUUCCUUCCACGGGUUUUGGAAACCGUGCAAACACAAGACAACGUCAUCGUGAUGUGCCAGCAAGGCGUGAGUCGCUCGUGUGCAACCGCCAUUGCUAUCCUCAUGUGUCGGGAAUCCAUGUCGUAUGCGAGUGCAUUUGCCGACGUCAAAGCGGCGCGCGAUGUAUGUAGCCCCAAUGCCGGGUUCAUCUGUCAGCUCAUGGAACUACAUGCGCAGCGCCAAGACCAGGCCAAGCGGCCUCGAGUGUAUCGCUUUGUGCCCCAUGCCCUGCACGACCUCGCGACCAACGUGCUCAAGCCAUGCUGGCUCACUCCUCAUGCGAGAAUUCAUGCCACGCCAGCGCAAGUCCGUCGCCGAUCGAAUGGAAUCUACGUCUACUCCGAAUCUCCGUUGACGGUGUUCCUCUGGCGAGGUCAAGACGCUACCGACGCCAAUGUAACGUCGGCGACGACUGAAGUUCAUUUGUGGUACCUGCAUUUGUGGGGCGAAACAACUAUGCCAAGCGUCAUAGUGGAGCGGGAGGGAGCAGAAAGCGCGGCGUUUUUGUCGUUCGUGCAACCGGCGGCGUUGGAUGAUGCAACCAUUGACUUUGACGACGUGUCGUGGACAGAACCACCACGUACGCGGCAAGUCGAGGACGAUCUCGCUCCAAGCGACGGGCUGUUGGACUCGAGUCGGAAACCACAAUUGCGCGUGAUUGAAUCUGUGGACGACGAGUCGUGGGAGUUGUUGCAGGAGUACGACAGUAGUGACCUGGUCCCGAACCAAGUGGGAUGGUUGCACGUCCCCGGCGACCGCGACUACAUCUGGCUUGGAAAAGCAUGCAAGAGUUCAUGGACGUAUGAUGUGCUUGUGCAAAGGGUACAACGCGACCCUUCCAUCCAAGCCGGUCCCAUCACGAUUGUGCGUGAGAAGGAAGAACCGGAAGCCUUUUGGACUGCGUUUGAAAUGGGAUACUAG